CUAUUUAAUUUAAUAUGUAAAAAGUUAUCACUCCUGAAAUAGUGAGAACAUUUACUAAUCCUUGUGAUAAAUUUUUAUGCAAACCAUCAGAAGAAAUAAAAUUUAUAAAAUUUAUACUCAGAGAUGCUGAUGAUAAUUUUAUAUUAUUUGACUUUGAUAAUGAUGAAGGUAAUUAAUAAUAAGAAGUUCUGAGUUAUUAAUUUACACCUUAAUAUUUUGAUAUUAAAAUAUUAGGAGCUACUAAAAUAUUCAAGACUUUUGAUAAGCCAUUAAAGAAUUUGCUCCUUAUAGAUAGGUAUUGAAUAUAAUAAUAUAUCUAGAUUUUAUUUUAAAAACAAUCUUAUCAAAGAAUAUGAAUUUCGUUUUCCCUUUUGUAUACCACAUUCAACUAACACUUGGGAAUCUAUGUAUGAUUAACCUGCAUUAGGACCUAACUUGAAAGAUUAAAUGCUCUUAAAUCCUUGGGAAACAAAAAGUGAUACAUUUCUAUUUAUUGAUGGAAAGUUAGCUAAUCAUGAAAGAAUAGAAUAUGAUUUUAGUGGAGAUUAAGAAGAUUUUGAUUGA